GCCGCCUCUCUACCGGGAGAGGAAGGCUCUUUUUCGGUCAGAUGGCGCGUUGCAGUCCGCCCCCGUCAUUCUCCAGCCCACACAGACACACAGCGAGAGAAAGAGAGGCAGCCAGCGACCAAUACGGUGCGCCGGAGGAGGAUUUCUGCCAGUGAUUUCAGACGAGCCACAGUAGGCUGAGGGGAUUUACUACGCCAACCUGACGCUAUUGCUUCAAGAGACAUCUGUUGUUUAAGAGACUUCUCCGCAGCCUCACUCAUCUUCCUGACCUGAAGCGUGCCAUGUCUCUGCCACGCACUCUUGGGGAGCUGCAGCUCUAUCGGGUGCUGCAAAGGGCCAACCUGCUGGCCUACUACGAAACUUUCAUCCAGCAGGGCGGCGACGACGUGCAGCAACUCUGCGAGGCGGCCGAGGACGAGUUCCUGGAGAUCAUGGCCCUGGUCGGCAUGGCUACCAAGCCGCUGCAUGUGCGUCGGCUGCAGAAGGCCCUCCGAGACUGGGCGGCCAAUCCGGCCCUUUUUAGCCAGCCCGUUUCCAGCCUUCCUUCCCUUGGGGGGAUCCCGCUCUUUAAAGUGGACAGCACGGGUCCCAGCGGAUCAGCGGGUGGACCGAGGAAGUCUUUGAGCAACGGGCAGCCGGGGUCACCGUGCGAGCGGGAGGAUCGGGCGUGUCUUACGCCCAUGCACAGUGGGAGCCCCCGGAGCCCAUGCUCUCAGGCGUCCCCCCAGCCACCAGACUCACAUUACCGAGAAAAACUGUCCCCCAUGGACCCGCACUGGCUCAGCCCAGAGCCUGAUGGCAACGGCACCUUACCCUCUGCACCGGGAAUGGAAGAGGAUUCGCCCAGUCCGCCGCAUCUACCCAUAGGCCACCCCGGUCCCUCAACAUCUCCAAGCUCAUCUUCUGGCCCCGCCCCUUUGUCUGCCUGGCCCGGAGGACAACUAGACAGUGAGACGAGCCGCGCCGUGGCGGAAAGUGUGGAGAGACUCCUCAGGACUCUGCCCCGCUCCGACGCAACGGAAGUGAAGAGUCUGCUGAGGAUAAACAAGAAGAUUGCCAAAACCGUGGGACACAUCUUUAACAUGGGCUCCCAGGACGCGAAGAAGGAAGAGGAGAUCCGCAAGUACAGCCUCAUCUAUGGACGCUUCGACUCCAAGCGGAGAGAGGGCAAACUACUCACGCAGCACGAGUUGAUCAUCAACGAGGCGGCAGCCCAGUUUUGUAUGCGUGACAACGCCCUUUUACUCAGGAGGGUGGAACUCUUCUCUUUGGCUCGGCAGGUGGCGAGAAAAUGUGCCUACACCUCCACUCUCAAGCAUGCAAGGUCUAAUGUGGAGGAGAACUGUGCGCCAUCACACAAAAGAGCAAGACUCGAAGUGACUGCACCCGAGAGCACGUCGUCACUCCUCGGAGCAGACAGCGCCGAGGCCUCGCACCAGAGGGCCGAUGAUGACAGCUUGUCUGCAGAAAGUCCCGACAGCAUGUCACAUGAUAUAAUGAGCUCGCAAUGCAACAAGUCGCCAUCGCCGUGUCCCGUCACCGACAGCUCCAACCCGCCCACCUGGAGUCGCCAUCUCAUGCAACAAACGCUCAUGGAUGAAGGGCUGCGAUUGGCUCGCAUGGUGUCACAUGAUAGAGCCACCAAGGUCAAAUUGGGGUCAGAUGGAACUCCCCCCACAGAACAUGCCAAUAAAGUUCCUCCACGGAGCCCGAUCACAGCGUGCCGAAGCAUCAGCCCAAAUGUCAUCAAAGACAGUGUCAAUCACAGAGCAAAGUAAAGUUUAUGAAUAUUUAAAAAAAACGUAAAGGACUCAGGAUACUACAGACAUGAAGAGCAUCCAAUGACGAUAAUAUCAUCAUCAUUAUCAGUGAACUGUAUGGACCUGUCAUUUUGUAAAUAAAAGCAUCCCUUCUGCAUAUGGAAUCAUUCAGUUUAUUAUGAAUAAUCUUGUGUGUUAAUGGUGCCUUGAUUUGAAAUACCCCAACACACAAGGGGGCACUACAACUUUGGAAAUGAACCCCCUUUUUAAAAUGAUUUUAAUUUGUGAAGUUUUAUUGACAUUUUCAAGAAUGUACAGUGUA